AUGAUUGAUGCCUUUUCGAAUGCGAGCGAGGUUUGGGUGGUCAACUUGGACGUGAACGCAUCUCGCCAAGGGAAGGAGACCCGAAUCUCCGAAAAGCGGAGUUCAAGUAACUCUAGUUGUCCAAAAUACUUGGUCAACAACGAGGCGGCUGUUAUCCAAAGUUCCACGUAUGUUCAGGUCGGCGGAGGAAAAGCUCUGAUUAUUGCUUUAAUGGGCGUUGUCCAAUCUACUUCGUCUGUCGACUUCUUGGGUAUGGAGAUCGUCGGGGAUUGCGCCAUGGUCCGGAGUGUUGGUGGCCGAUUGGAUGAGGGGCUUCAACAACAGAGACUUGGAACUAGUUUCUUUUCGAUUCAGCACACGGAUAACCGAGAUAUGCUACAGUUCAAUGUGCCCUUGGGUAUGGGCGUAAUUGCUGGUGCGGACGGUAUCGUGGAGAGUUCCAAGUUUGUUGACUUCCUUGCCUUCAGCUCCUCCACAUUCUAA